UGUACAUUAACGAAAAUAUAAUAUUAAUAGUACUUGUAUAUAAACAGGAACAUAGUAAACAACUAAUGGCUGCCUUUAAUCAAAAAAAAAAAUUUUACAACGGAAAACAUGGCGUCGUAGUUUUGGCGCGAAAUUAAAAGUAUUUAAAAUAAUUGAUAGGAUUGUUAUUUAUGUAUAAUAAUUUUGGUUAGGUAUAAAAAUUUUGAAAAAUGUAAUCUUUUUAUAUCAUUAUUAGUAGUAAACUCUAAUUUUGUCAUUUUAAUAAACGAAAAAAGAUGAGUAAAGGUCUUAUUGCCACGAUAAUCGUUUGUUUAUGUAUUGUUGUACUAGCUGUUGUUUUGAAACCUAUAAUUUAUCCAGAAGUAUCAAGUCCAUCCGAAGUCAAUUCAAUAUUAAGGCGUUCUGUAAGUGAUUCAGAUGCUACAAAUUUACCUAAAAAUCUGCCUGAAAAUUUAGCUAUCCCAGAUCCAAUUGUUUCAAAUGUAAAACAAACAAUAGUUGCUGAUGAUUCAUUUACCAAACAAAAUUUAGAAAGUGAAGAGUUUGAGAAGCUACUUUCUCAAUAUAAACCAAACUCUCAAGUUCAAUUACCAAACACAUUGAAGAGCUGGCAAACAUCAUUUUAUGUUUUUCAAGAUCUCUGUAAUUUUGGUUAUCAAUUAUUGCAAUUAUAUGAAACAACAAAUCAUACAGAUAAAAUUUAUGAAACAAUUGCUGCUGCUUUGAUUCAAGAAAUUGGUGAAGCUCUUAAAGACUAUCAAAGUGAUAGCAAAGAAGCAUUUGGAUUUUCUAGAACCUGGAUUUAUGAUAUGACUUAUUUAGCUAAGUUUCUCAUUGCUUAUGAAUACAUAGGAAACAAUGAAGAUAUUAAACAUUCAAUAUGUCAUCCAUUAUUAACAAAAAUGGUACCUUCAAUUAAUAAAGGAGCUGAUGUAGAAAUAAGCCCGCAAGAUGUGUUAUCUCUACAUUUUGGAGUGAUACGAUUAUCAACAAAUUAUUUAUAUUAUAGAACUAGCUAUAAUAAUGAUCUUGAUAAAAUUAAUCAAUUAAAAGCAAUAUCAUCAUUAAAUAUCACUAUUAAUGAUUCAGAUAAUAUUGAAGAAGGAGUUUAUAGAGAUGAUUCAUGCAUUAAGUCUCCUAAUGUUGCCAGUUAUGAAUAUUUUAGACAACUUUACACCUGCCCUAAUUACAUUUUUUAUUCAAAUAUGUGUCGAGUAAUUGGUCCAGACACUGGAAAUUUGCCGACCGUUAUUGAGACAAUAUUUAGAAAAAUAUUACAUCCUCAGAUAAAUUAUGCUCCAUUUGGUCUAUUUGAUACGGAUGGAAGUAUAAGAAAUUUAAAUUGGUGGAAUAUUCAAGGAGCACUUGGAGUAUUCAUUUUUCCACUUAUUGGAUUGGGAGUAUUUAAAAAUAAUGAAGUGAUGUUUUCUGUACGAGUUCAAAGACCAAAUAUUGCUGCAUGUAUGAUAGAUAGAGAAAGGAAGGGCGAUUAUAUACUAGGAUCUAUUCAGUUGCGAAGAAUUUAUCAAGUUAAUAGAACUUAUCCAACAGAGUUGAAAUGGAGCCAGUUGAGCAAAGAGCCUGGUAUUAUUUCAGUCAUUGGUGAAAGGGGUUCAAUGUAUUACAAAAAUCAAUUGGUUAUCGACAGUAACACAUACUCUUGCAGCGAUGUUGAUCAGAAUAAUUUAAUUGGUCGAUUACCAAACAAUGAAAAUGUAAUGUUUUGGUUCAACAAGUAUAAAUGUAAUCUCAUUCAAUGCACUGUAACAGAAAUUGGUCUAAUGACUAAUAAUGGAUUAGAAACUGAAUUUAUCAUUCACAAUUAUGGUUCAUUUGAUGUUCAAUUACGUGUUGAUGAUGAUCCACCAAGUGACUUUGAUAGAAAGCUUACCUGCAUUAGUAAUGAAAAAAAUGAACAAGGCUUUGUUGUGAUUCCAUCUUCAGAAACUCAAAGAAUUACAUGGGCGAUGGUUUUCAAUCACCGAAGAACCUCUAAAUUAAUUUAUGAUGGCAAAAUGAAAACAUUCAAGUUCAACUAUGCAUCAAAACUUUACAGUGUAAUUUUGAAAGAGAAUUCGCAAUAUAUUGUUAAAAUAGGAAACAGUGGUAAUAUAUUUGGAGGUAGUUCAUCCAGUAAUCCUGAUGAUUCAAUGACUCUAGAUGGACUUAAACCAAUGAAAAGAAAUCCAGAAACACUUAUGUAUACAUAAUGAAAUUUGAUAAAUUUAUUGAGAAAUUACUGAUAGUAACACUGAUUGUUCUCUGGUAUACCAUUGAUGAAUUGAUUGUAAAAUCUGAAUUGAUAGAUUUUUGGGGAAAAAAUUGUUUAUUUCUAAUACUAAUAUAACAAAUACAUGGUAAUCAAGUAAAAUAAAUAUCACUUACUCAGACUUAAUAAAAGUAAUCGUUUUCUUUGAUUGUAAAAUUAUUAAUACGUCAAUUUUAACUGAUCUCUGUUGGUACGAAAUGAUAUAUAAGUAUUCCAGAAUAUAGCAAUCGAUUGGACGACAAGAACUUGGUACUGAAGAGGCACAAGUUUGAAAUUAAUUAAUUGAACCAACGGCCAAAUCUUGAAAUUAAAUAAAAGUCUUAUAUUAAUUAUUAUUUUUUAA